CAGAGCAGAAAAUUUAUCUCCACCUCAAAUGCUUUCAAUGCUCAUGACUCAGAUAUCUAUGCUGUUGCUGUCUCGUCUCCCUAUACAAUAACAAUCGGCGGUGAUGGCUAUUUGAAAUUAUGGCAAAACAAAAUCUCUGAAACUGAUAACCCCAAAACCUCAGCUUCCAGUUUUUUAAUUGACAAUUCGGGUUUGCAUCAUCUAUCACUUUUCGAAUCUCCCAUCUUAAUUAACCUGAAGAAAUUAAAUCUUAUCCUAGUCUCCGUUGUAGCCUUUAGUGGCACAAUCUACUUUUUUCAAAUUAUACACGACACUUUACUUCCACUAGAUGCAAAAUUUUACCAAAACGAUUUACAAGACUACCAUGAUAUCUUAUCAAAAAAAAACAAUACCGUCGACAACAAAAUCACUGGCGAGUUCUUUUGGGCAAUUGAAUGGUUUAAAGCUUCAGAUAUAUCCUUUUCAGACAUCAACCAGAUUCAAAAUAAAUUCCUUGCAACCCAGUCAAAAGGUGAUACUAAAAUAUGGAACGUAUUAAUCUCAAUAAGUAAAAACGAUAAACUAGAACUAAGCUUCAUCAACCAUGGCUUAAUUAAACCAAAAUCUCCCAACUUUGCAAUGUCUUUAGCUGUGUCCCCCAGCCAAAACUUGGUUGCAACUGGUUUUCAAAAUGGUGAAAUCAUCCUCUCCCAAAUUGAUUCAUCUAGAUCAAUUUACAGUUUUUACAAUAACUCUGUCCAAUUUUCAAAUCAACUGAAUAAUAAAACUUAUUCUUCUUCAAUCAGAUCACUAAAAUUCAAUCCCGAUGGUUCCUUAUUAGUUGCCGCCUUGGAUUCUGGUAGUUUUGGCAAUAUUUAUUUAUAUGAUACCAAAUAUGGUGAACUCGCUGGCAUGCUAACAAUGCCGACUCAUUCUGCCUCAACAAGUAUCAACGUCAAUGCUCAUGAUGGUUGGAUUUUUGGAAUUGAUUUCAAUUUAGAGGGUGAUUUGUUAGUAAGUGGAGGUUACGAUGGCAAAUUAAAAAUUUGGAAUAUUGAUACAAGAUCAAAAGAUGGUCAAAUUCUGAUAUCACCUUCAGAUUUAAUACCCGAAGAUGAAGAUGUAAGAGAAGAUGAUAACCUUCCAGCCAAUGAUUAUGUUGCUAUAAUAGAUGUAAAAUAUAUCAAGAAAGGAAUUAGAGGUGGAUCCGGAGGAGAUACCAAUGAAGGUUUAGUUGCUGUGGGUUUUGAUGGUGGCAUACGUUGGUACAGAGAAGCCGGUGGUAUUUAA